CGACUUUCAACCCUACUCUUUAGCCCAUUUAAGGCAUUUUCUGAGUCAGGGCUUGGUGCCCUUCAACCUCGGCUCGGCCCACUGCCACCCCUAGUCGCCGACGGCCGAGCUAGGCCAAGGCUCCGGGGUCUGGGAUCGGAUCAGGGCCAACGCUCUCCAGGUCCUAGCACGGCUAUUGCCACCCCAAGGCAAGCUAUCAUACGAGAGAGAGAGAGGGAGAGAGAGAGAGAGGAGUUUGUAACAUGCUCCUUCGCCGUGCCAAAUCUUUCUCAACCAAUCUCUCUAUAUCGCAGUGGAAAUCUCUCCCAUACAGCAGAAAGGCUUCUCGUUUCAGAGACAGCGACGAUGACGAAGACCGCAACGCCAGGAAGCGAAAGGCGAGAGAAGGAGGAGGAGACGAAAGCCGCAUCUAUCUGCACAAGAGCAGGGGUCAGCACAUCCUCACCAACCCUCGAAUCCUCCACUCAAUCGUCCAAAGAGCCGACGUUAGACCCACCGACACCGUCCUCGAGAUCGGCCCCGGCACCGGAAAUCUCACCCUCAAGCUCCUUGAAUCCGCCCAGAAGGUCUUCGCCGUCGAGAUCGAUAAGCGUAUGGUUGAGAUCCUCCACACCCGUGUCGCCGACCGCCAGCUUGAUGAUCGCCUCACUGUGAUCUGUAAAGACGCACUAAAGACCCAAUUCCCAGAAUUUGAUCUCUGUGUUGCUAACAUUCCCUAUGGAAUAUCUUCGCCUCUCAUCGUGAAGCUUCUCUUUGGAGGCUACACCUUUCGAAGUGCCACCCUCCUCCUUCAAAAAGAAUUUGCUCGCCGCCUCCUUGCCAACCCAGGUGACUCGGCAUUCAAUCGCUUGGCAGUAAACGUGAAGCUCGUGGCCACAGUUGAAUUCGUCAUGGAUGUUAGCAAGAAGGAUUUUAUUCCUUGUCCAAAAGUUGACUCGUCAGUGGUUAGAAUUCAGCCAAAGAGUGCGAUUCCGAAUGUUGAUUUGGAUGAGUGGCGGGCCUUCACACGGACAUGUUUUGGAAAUAAAAACAGGACUUUGGGUGCCAUAUUGAAGCAGAAGAGGAAGGUGAUGGAGCUUUUAAGAGUGUCACAAUCUGGAGGCAGAGAAAAUGACAAUGAUGACAAUGAAGACAAUGAGGAUGGAGAUGGAGAUGAAGAUGAAGAUGGAAUCGAUGAUGAAGAGGAAGGUGGGGAUUUGAUGGAGAUGGCUUUCUUCAAAGAGAAGAUUUUGGGUGUUUUGAAAGAAAAUGGGUAUGAGGAAAAGAGGCCUUCAAAGCUAUCUGUUGAGGAAUUGUUGCAUUUGCUCUCUCUUUUCAAUCAAGUGGGCGUACACUUUCAUGGUUGUAAGUAACCGUUUGUUUUCAGUGUUGCAUUGGGCUACAAAUUCAAGAAAGUGUCUGUUGAAGAUUAUGAAAUGAAAGAUCAUAACAUGUGCAGUAUGCACACUGAGAUUGCAAUGCUGGCCACAAACAACAGUAUUUGUUUCUUCUCCCGGCGGUCCCCAAUGUGGAUGCACUGUGUCGACAAUACUGAGCUGAUCAGAUGGCCCAUCUCAAAUUUGUGGCCUGCGAAUAGAAGGCUAAGAAAGUGGGGCAAUGUAGAAUGGGCAAAAGCGCUCCAAUUCAAUGAAGAGAUUUGUUGAUCAGGGUGAUUUUUUUUACCUUAGCCAAUUGACAGUGAGGCCCACUCGACGAACAGUGCAGCUCGUUUCAUGUCAUGUUGGUGGAGCAAAUCACCAUGCACUUGAAUGAAGGUUCUUAUUGUAUCAAUCUCCAUAUUUCAUAGGUAAUAUCAGAGUUUUGCAUUAAAGUACAUAUAUAGCCUUUUCCAUACAAACGGCGAUGAUGGUUCGUUCAGUUAUCCAAACAGUUGAGUUUGAUGGGAUCCACCAUGAUAGACCGCAGACAAUCUCUCAGUCUUAGAUGGGGAAAUGCCAGACUCGUAACCCUUUCCAAUUCUUGUCAACUGUUGCUGUAUUUUUAAUGAAGAUCCAAUGGCUAAUACGAUCCAAUUUCCAAUCAUGGCUGUUGAUUUAUGAUGGCCCACCAUACUGGGAAAACCUUACAAUGUGAAUUGUUGCUGUAUUCUUCUCUACCAUCUUUUCUGCAGGCUGCUGAUUGAUGGGUUAGGAUUGUAUCAUUAGGUAGAAUCUCCGAACAGGAACACAUUGUUUCCCCUGCAAUCAUCAUGAUAUGUAAGCUUAUCCUAUUCCAGA